UUAUCUUUUGCCACUCGCCUCGCUCGUCCCCUUCACAAGUCCGACGCUCUAUUCCGUCAACAUCAGCAGACCAGAACAAGAGAGAACGAAGCAAAAUGUUCUGCUGAAAGAAAGAAACGAGUUGCGUUGGGGGCAUCACCAAAAGGAACAGCCAACUGAGCAGCUCGCAGCUCGCAUAAAACACUAUUUUGAUCUCACCGUUUCGGCAGUGUCAAAUAAGUGAUCGAGUGUUAACUUCCCCUCCCACUAGUGAUAACAGAAGUGAUGAAAUGACAGUGCAUGAAAGAGCACCAGCCGAGCUUUGCGGCACGUGAGAAAGCGCGUCUGCUGUUGUUAUUGUUGUUGAGAGACGUGCUCUCUGCUAUAUAUAACACACCUCUGUCACCCGCCCGUCAAAUCAUCGAAGCGCUUCAAUAGUGAGCUUGAUAUUCAUGACGUUCUCGCGGUUUUUCCUGUAUCGCGUGGGUGUUGUGUGUUUGGUGUGAAAAAAUAUGAUUGUUUUGUUCGUUAUUUCAGUGAAACCAAAACAUUCGAGUGCGAUGUUUAGAAAAUAGUAUACAACGUAGCAGAAGAAGAAAAGCAAAAAACUGUGUAUAUAUAUAUAUAUAAAAUUACAGCGAGUGCACGGUUUAUGUUCUCGGCAAAGCAAAGCCGCGGAGGCUGCAGGGCCGAGGAAUAAAAGAGGAAGAGGCUCCGGAGGAGGAUGAACGGGAGCGCGCAGCUGCUGCGCGGCCUGGAACAGCAUCCGAAUAGGUUCGCCGACUACUUCGUCAUCUGCGGCCUCGACAAGGACUCCGGCCUCGAGCCCGACAAGUACUUUGGUGACUCGCUGCAGUGCACCCCACUCGACCGCGCCUACAAGAGCAAAGUCCUCGGCCACUACCCGGAGUCCGUGCCAUGGAAUCCCUUCGACGAGCACGCGGUCUGUAUGCUAUGCCUCCCGAGCGGCCUACGCUUUCGCACCCAGAAGCACUCCGUCGAGCCGAGCUUCCACUCCUUUGUCCUCACAAAGGAGGACGGCCACCGAACGUACGGCUUCAGUCUGCUCUUCUACGAGGAGUGCCGCAACCGCAAGAUCUGCGCCGCCAUGCAGACCCUCCAGGCCAUGUUCAUAACCGAGCUAAGCAGCGGCCAAAACGGCACACCUCCGCAACCACGGAGAGGAGGCAGCGGAGCCGACCGGCACGAUAUGCACAACACGAGAUCCCUGCCCAGGCACUUCAAGCUCGCGGCAAACUCGGCAGCCGCGGCUCUGGCCUACUACGACUCGACCAAAGACAAGCUCCUAGUCACUAAAUCGGUAUCCCUGAUCUGCCAGCAGGCCUACCUCCACGCCGCCAAAACCUUCCUCACGAACCUUUACAAAUGCGUCCCCCGUCACCCGGGCCCGGGUCUGAGCCUCGAGUCGUACGUCUACAACCUCCUGUACAGCGUCCCGACACCCCUGCCCGGCAAAUCCCUCAAGUUCCACGUGCCGAACGAUGAACCGGCCAAGUCGCCCCUCGAGCUCGUCGUCCACCAGCCCCAGCCCGGCCUGGAGCUUCCUCUGCUCGACUACUCGCUCAAGAACCUGUUCGGCUGGCUGGGCAUCGACUGCGUCAUCCAGCUCUUCACGUGCGUCCUCCUCGAGAACCAGGUCCUCAUACGCAGUACCGAUUUUCACAAGCUCAUGGUCGUCGCCGAGUGCGUCACGGCCCUCCUGUUCCCCUACUCGUGGCAGCACGUCUACGUGCCCAUACUGCCCGCGAGCUUGUAUCACUUUCUCGACGCCCCAGUGCCGUUCAUCAUGGGCCUGCACGCCCAGAGCGACGCCUCGAGUCUCAAGAUCGCUGGAGAGGGCAACCUCUGUUACGUGGACAUCGACAAGCAAACCAGCCAAUUUCCCGAAGAGCUGCCUGUGUUCCCGCACAAAGUGCAAUUCGUCGAGGAGAUCCGGGCGUACUUGAACAAGCACAAAGUUCCGUACCUAGAAAAGACUGACAACAUGUUUGGGAAUUACCUGAACGGUGAUAUAAUGACGAGCAGCUUGACUCUUCCCGGCUCGGGGUUUCACUACCCCAAGAGGAAGCACUCGCUGCACGACGUCUUGGAUUGGGACAGGCCGGACUCGGGUCCACAGUGCGAUGCCAUACAACGGAUACUCGACGUUGUCAAGAGAACGGAGGUGGACAUGGACGAUAUAGACUCCAUCGACAAUCCCCCGAAGAGCAAGGCGUUCAACAAUCCCCAGGAAGAGUACCAGGAGACGCUGGUCUUUAACAACGCCAUUCGUGAGAUUUUCAUGAACCGGUUCGUCCAGCUGUUCUCCAGUUACGAGCACUUCCUCAUAAUACCCAGCCAGGACAAGGAAGAGUGGAUAAACAACCGGGACAACAUGCACCUCUUCGACAAGGCCACCUUUUUGUCGGAGCAGCCGGCCCACCACCUGCCCUUCCUGUCGAGGUUCAUCGAGACGCAGAUGUUCGCGUCCUUUGUCGACACGAAAGUCAUGUCCCUGUGGAACGAGCUGGACUCGAACAUCAAACUCUUCGACAAACGGAUCGCGCAGCUAAAAAAACGAGUGGGCGAAGGGAUCGUGCGGUCGACGCGUUACGAGCUCUGCACUACCGUACCCGAAACCCAGACCGUGAUCGAGCAGAGGCUCAACAACGUCGACUUCGAGGUCAGUCCACCGACGGAAGUCAUACCUCACAGGGCCGCUUACUUUCGGAGUUUUCCGCUCCUCGACGCCGUCGCUCUCAACAAACAGCCGACCCAGAGUAUGCUCCGCAGUAGAAGGGGACAGACGCAGUGGAAGUACAAGAUGAAGGCGCUCGAGUCUGUAAACGGGAAGCCACCCAUGGCUCAUCACCAGGAGACGCAGUCGCCUCGGCCGCAGGCGAAACUCUCGGCCGACAUGAGCCCGGCUCUCAUAGCACAAGCCAAUUGGACAUUUGUCGAAACGUUGCUCAAAGACUGCAAGGCCAAAACGAAGCGCAUGCUGGUCGAGAAAAUGGGCUCGGAAGCGGUGGCCUUGGGUCACGGUGGGGAAGUGUUGUCGGACGUCGAGGAGAACACUUUGGUGGCCAGUUUGUGCGACCUCAUCGAGAGGGUCUGGAGCCACGGUUUGCAAAACAAACAGGGCAAGAGCGGGCUCUGGUCUCACCUGGUAAUGUACCAGCAGCUCGAGGACAACAAUGACAGUGCCAAAACGAUAGAUGCCAAUUUUUUGUCCCCAGCGCUAGCUUGGUGCGUGCUUCGGAAGCGGCUUGACUCUAAUAAUAAGAAACCACCCACUAAGCUUUCUCGGUUGUCGGACCGUUUGGUUUCUUCAUUAAAAGGCAAACACAUAUAUGAAAUAGCUUCUUAUUUCAAGGAAAAUAUCAGCGACCUGUCGAACCUCGCGCUGGAGACUGAUUCAUCGCCCACUCGGGGCAACAUGAACGAUCAGCAUCAGCGACAGCUGCACAAAUCACCGGCGAGCGCACCCGGAAAUUACACCGGGGAAAAACGGUCGAUGGGGCCGGAACAGCUGAGGCCACUGCCCGAGUCGCUGCUCUUCGACGUGCGCAACGUCCAGGCGAUGACGGACAUCAAAACGCACAUCGGCUACGCCAGGGCUUGGGUUAGACUGGCUCUCGAGAAGAAACUCCUGUCCAGGCAUCUCAAGACUCUCCUCUCCAACCAAAAUUUGCUAAAGAGCCAGUACAAGAGAUCGGCGUUCCUGAGAUGCGAGGAGGAAAAGGAGCAGUUCCUGUACCAUCUCCUAACGCUCAACGCCGUGGAUUACUUUUGUUUCACCAACAACUAUCCGAUGACCAAAUUGCCGUACCGCGUGAUCAUAUUUCCCAGCCGAAAGGCAAGCGCAGCUACAACCUCAGCCAACAGCUGGAUAGCCAUUUCUGGCACCCUUGGAGAGACUAAUCCCGUGACGAUACCCAAGGGCGCCCUCGAAUUCGUCUUUCACCACAAAAACCUGGGCGUAUUGUCGACGUUGCGCAUCGGCCACGACAACACCGGGCCGUCGCCCAAAUGGAUGGUCGAGCACGUGGUGGUGCGCAACGAGGUGACGGCCCACACGUUCAAAUUCCCGUGCGGCAGGUGGCUCGGGCGCGGGAUCGACGACGGCUCGACCGAGCGUUUGCUCGUGGGCGCCCUGGUGCCCAAGAGCAUCGACAAUGACGAGCUCGUGGAGACGUGCUCGACGCCGCCGAGGUGCAGGUCACCCAGCAUACCGCGCAGUAGGCCCAGCCUCUCGACCAACGAGCUCCAGCAGAUGCUCGGCGAGGCGGUCAAUGCGGUGGUUAAGUAUCAUUACAGGAAAGAGGGGACGCAGGACGGCUCGCUCACCGCGCUGUUGUGCGGGGAAGGCGGUCUGGUACCGUCUUUGGAGCAGAUUUUUUUGUACGGCUUUAAAAACCAGAGGAUAUUCGGCAGGAACUUUUACGUUUGGGAUUAUCUGGUACGAGUCAAAGAGAACUUUGAAAUGAUGUUGUUGGAGCAGAUGGACGAAUACUCGCAGCGUUUGAAUCGUGAUAAGAGAUCGCAAGAGAGACAUCAGAAGUUCGCCUUUCUCAGGUGUUACUGUCACCUGCUCGACCAAAUCAACACUUCGAGCCAAACUCUCGGCAAAGAUGGCAAAUUUCAACUUUUCACAUGCUUGGCUGUGAGGGAACAGCUGCUGCAUCUAAUGUUACGUCCAAUGAGCGAAGCACGCUCAACCAUAGAAAUGUACGAAGAAACUUCCUUUCUGCGUAGUCCAGCGUUACUCACCUUCCUUGUUCAGAUUCUUCAGCCACUCAGUGGCUUUCAUAUUGUACUUGAAAAGAGCUUAACACAUGGAAUCUCAAGUUUAAGCUAAUACGCGUAAUUACAAUGACCAAAGUUUAUUGGGUUCUAAAUGUUUAAGCAAUAGUCUACGGCCCAAUAGUAGAAACGUACAAAAAAAAUUCUAACGACAAAUUACGUGGUUAUGUACUCUAAAAUCAUUGAAAAGCUCUACAAAAGCGUUUAAGUAAAUAUCGCGUCAGGUAUCUCUAAAAUAAGUAAUCGAACAUAAAUUCUUGCCAACAAAGAUAAUAAAAAUAAAAAUAAUAAUAAUACGGUUAGAAUAACAUUUUAUUUAGAAGUUUAUUACACGUGACUGUCUACCAAAUAUGAGGUUUUAUUAACAGCAUUUAAGCAUAGCUGUACGCUUUUAUCAUAACUAAUGUUAGUACUCCCGUAAGCCUAAUUAACUAUUGUUGUUAGGAAGAGUGAAACAUGACAUAAGCCACUGUGCCAGAAAAUUAUAUUAUUAAAUAUAUAUUUAACAUGUACAUAGUAGGUAGAAAAAUUACUUUGAUUCUAAUACCGUCGCAUGUUAUUCCUGCAUCUUGUUUGACUGUUUAUUCGAAAAGUUAUCAGUUUUAACAUCUUGGGAAGUUUGUGCUUGUUAUAAAAACUGAAAUUAACGUAAAUCAAGCAUCAUAUUUAAUUCUUAAACUUACUGUGAAACUCCUAAAUUUUUUGGUAUUUUUAUUCAACAAAACAUGGAUUGGUUUUUGUAGAAAAAAAAAGUUUUUUUUUUUUUAAACAAAAAACGAUGUGUUGGAAUAGUGUAAAUGGUAAUUUCAACAAAAGGUGCGUUACAAAAUUGUGUAUCUAUUUGUAAAUAAUACAUCUGUCCAAGUGUAAAAUUUAUUACAUAUGUAGAAUAUUGUUCUAAUUUUAUGAACCCAAGAAAAUCCGAUAGCGUGAGGAUGUGUUUUUAAUAAUAAUGUUUCAUACGGAAUACUUGGUCCAAAAGUCGCAUGAUUCCACUCAAAACUCUUUGCAUGCAAUGAUGUGAAACGGUGUGAAGUAUUUUUAAUUCCCCUUCGUACUUUUAUAAAUAAAUUAUAAAGUUAGGAGUUUUUUUCACACAAUUAAAUUUGUAAGUAUAGUCCCUAGAAUUUUGAUGACCUUUGAUUACUUUAGUCAUUUUUUACAAAGUCAAGUCCUUAGAUUCGUGCCAAAAAACUUUUCAAAGUUUGGUAUCUCAAUUUUACAUUUAUACUCUGUAAGACAUACCUUACACAUGUGAUAAAUUUUAUCUACUCUUAACUAUCAAAGUAAAAAAUGAGAUUACUAAUAAUUAUGGAAGAACAAUUAAAAAUAAACACGUUAAUGUAUGAAAAGGUAUUAGUACCAGAAGUGUAUAUUCUUCAUCUCAUAAAUUUUUUUUAGUAAAAUAUGUAACAAUUAUUUUUGAUUACACUUAUCUCUCGUACACUACUUCAUUACCUAGUAAGGGGUUAAAAUAUGUUUAAGAUUGUAUUAUUUUUUAAUAUGAUAUUAUUUAGAUUAAGUUUUAUGAUACAUAAACCGCUAUUCGUUAAUUUCCUAUUAUCUAUAAAAUGAGAUGUGAUUGUAUAACAUUAUGUUUGUAGUGAUUUUGUUCAUCUUCUGUGAUGUAUAAAAUAUUCUCUUAAAACGUAAUAAUACUAUAUGUACCUAUAACCAAAGUAAAUUGACAAAGUCGUUUUUGUAUUUUAUAAAAGCAAGUAAUACUGUACAUACUAAAACUAAGCAUUUCAAUUUAAAGAUUCUCAGCUGGUGAUGAUGUUAAACAAGUGUCAUAUUAAAAUUUAAGCGUGUGCUAGUGUAUAAACAAUUUAAAAAGUGAGAGCUAGUUGUACAGUAGCAAGUAUGCAGAUUACAAUAUGUACUAAAAAUAAAAUAUUAAGCAAAUUUUUUGUAUUCCAUUCAAUGAAGUCAACAUAAUUAUUCACUUACUUUUCAUA